UCCCUUGACGGCCUUUCAUCAUGAAAGGCAGAGAGUCAGACAUCUUCUAGCUCCUCUGCAACUCUUCACUUUUUCCGCAUACCCAUGAGUCAGUUGGAGGAGGGUAGUCCUCACCCCGGCCGGUAGUUCCGUGAUCUCGCUCUGUCUACUGGACAAAUUCUGCUGAAAGAUGAAACAUAACUGGCUUCUGACUGGCUUGUUCCUGGCUGCCCUUCUUCCUCAAGUGAAGCCCUUCAAGAUACCUGUGGAUGAAUAUGAGGACAAAGUGUUUGUGAAUUGCAAUACCAGUGUCACAUGGCUAGAUGGAACGGUAGGGACAGAAAGAACAAACAGUCGGGACUUGGGCAAACGCCUCCUGGAUCCACGAGGAUUGUAUAAGUGUCGGGGGACAGAUGACAAUGCCAACAAAGAAUCUACUGUGCAAGUAUAUUAUCGAAUGUGCCAGAACUGUGUAGAACUGGACUCCGCCACCCUUGCUGGCAUCGUUGUCACUGACAUCAUUGCCACCCUGCUCCUUGCUUUGGGAGUCUACUGCUUUGCAGGACACGAGACUGGAAGGCUCUCUGGGGCUGCUGACACUCAAGCUCUAUUGAAGAAUGAUGAGCUUUAUCAGCCCCUCCGAGAUCAUGAGGAUGCUCAGUACAGCCGCCUUGGAGAAAAGUGGCAUCGGAGCAAAUGACCCCAAGGCUGGUGGCUUCUAGAAGCACAUCCUGAACUGUGCCAACCCUCCUUGCUUGACCAAUAAAGAUGAUCUCUUCCAUUCA